CUGUUUGGAAAAUCAUUCGAGAAGUCACUCACAGUUCCAGAACAUCUCAAAACAAUCCAAACAACAAGAUGAAAUUCUUCGUAGUCUUCACCGUUGCGGUCGUCUUCGCCGCCUUCGCUGUUGCUGCCCCAUCUGCCGAGGAAGUUGAAGCUGAGGCAACUGCCCUUUCUUCCGCUGAAGCCACUGAUGAUGAAGUCGUGAGGGCCAAGAAAUCAACAUACGGACACCACGGUGGACACGAAAGCCACGGCUAUGGACACCAUGGCGGUCACCACGGUGGACACGGCUACGGACACCAUGGAGGACACCACGGUGGUCACGGAUAUGCCCACGCUGGACCAGCCAAGAGCUACGCCUACCACUCGCCAGCUCCCCAUGUACCAUGCGGUCACAACCUUCUCUUCGGAUGCCACCCCAGCGUAGCUCCAGUCCCAUGCGCCGCCCACCACGGAUACGGACACCACCACGGUGGAUACGGACACCACGGCUAUUAAGCAUCCUGGACUCAUUCUCUCCCGUUGCCCAUGCUGAAGAAAAACUGAUGAAAUGACUCGAUAGUGUAGUAGAAAAUUUUUGAUCUUUGCAAUAAAUGUUAAUAUUUUUAAA